CACAUUCACUGCCAGUUCAGAAACGACCACUCCUACUAAACUGUGAACUCUUCUCACCUCUCUCUCUCUCUCUCUUAGGGGAAAGAGAAGCAGAAAUGGCUAUCGCACCGACGGUUCGUAGCUACCGGUCGGCCACAGAUCGGACCUCCGGCGGCCUUUUCGGACGAUCCGCUGCCGGCCGCUUCAUCUUUAAGCUCUUCGCCUCCGCUCUCACUAUCGCCGUUUUUCUCUUCUUAACUCUCUCUCUACGCUACACUUCCUCCUCGGAUCCCGCCGAUCUCAACGUCGGCACUUUGCACGAUGCAUAUGGAGUAGGGCCAGUACGAAGAUCCGUACUGGCUCUGAAAUCGGAUCCAUUAAAGCCACGGCUUGAUCUGAUCAGGAAGCAAGCAGAGGAUCACCGUGCUCUGGCUUUGGCUUAUGCUUCCUAUGCUCGAAAGCUGAAGCUUGAAAACUCAAAACUUGUUCGAGUCUUUGCAGAGUUGUCACGAAACUAUACAGAUUUGAUCUCAAAGCCUGCAUAUAGAGCACUGUUUGAGUUGGAUUCCAGCUCACUUGAUGAAUCAGUGCUUCGGCAGUUUGAGAAAGAGGUGAAAGAAAGAAUCAAAGUCACGCGUCAAGUUGUUGCUGAGGCAAAGGAGUCUUUUGAUAAUCAGUUAAAGAUUCAGAAGCUCAAGGAUACCAUUUUUGCUGUGAAUGAUCAGCUAACAAAGGCAAAGAAGCAAGGUGCUUUCUCAAGCUUGAUUGCUGCAAAAUCAAUUCCCAAAAGCUUGCAUUGUGUGACUAUGAGGUUAAUGGAAGAGCGGAUUGCGCAUCCAGACAAGUACACAGAUGAAGGGAAGCCCACUCCACCUGAAUUGGAGGAUCCCAAACUUUACCAUUAUGCAAUUUUCUCUGACAAUGUGGUUGCAGCUUCAGUUGUGGUGAAUUCUGCUGUGAAGAAUUCAAAAGACCCAUCAAAGCAUGUGUUUCAUGUUGUAACUGAUAAGAUGAAUCUUGGAGCUAUGCAAGUUAUGUUCAAGAUGAGGGAUUAUAAUGGGGCUCACAUUGAAGUGAAGGCUGUUGAGGAUUACAAGUUCUUGAACUCUUCAUAUGUCCCAGUUCUUCGGCAGCUUGAAUCUGCUAAUCUACAGAAGUUUUACUUUGAGAAUAAGCUUGAGAAUGCAACAAAGGACACAACAAAUAUGAAAUUCAGGAAUCCUAAGUAUUUAUCAAUAUUAAAUCAUCUUAGGUUCUACUUGCCUGAAAUGUAUCCAAAAUUGCACAGGAUCUUGUUCUUGGAUGAUGAUAUAGUUGUUCAAAGGGAUUUGACUGGCCUUUGGAAGAUAGAUAUGGAUGGUAAAGUGAAUGGAGCAGUUGAAACGUGUUUUGGGUCAUUCCAUCGAUAUGCACAAUACAUGAAUUUCUCUCAUCCUUUGAUCAGACGGAAGUUUAACCCUAAAGCUUGUGCAUGGGCCUAUGGUAUGAACUUCUUUGACUUGGAUGCUUGGCGCAAGGAGAAGUGCACAGAAGAAUACCAUUACUGGCAGGCUUUGAAUGAAAACCGAACUUUGUGGAAAUUGGGAACACUGCCCCCUGGUUUGAUCACAUAUUACUCCACAACAAAGCCACUGGAUAAGUCUUGGCAUGUUUUAGGGCUUGGCUACAAUCCAAGUAUAAGCACGGAUGAAAUAAACAAUGCUGCAGUUGUCCACUUCAAUGGGAAUAUGAAGCCAUGGCUUGAUAUUGCCAUUGCCCAGUUUCGGCCACUUUGGACAAAAUAUGUUGAUUACGAGAAUGAGUACAUCCAGGCCUGUAAUUUUGGCCUUUAAGUGAUGGUAAUAGUUGAAGCUUUGCUGAGAGGAUUCCUUCAAGUAUCUCUCCACGAGUCUCAUCAGCUCCCCUUACACAUAAAGUUAGUACUCAUUCCACAUCAUAGAAGCUUUAAUGUGAACCUUAGUUUUAGCAUAUUUAAUUUCUGAAUUAGUUUAAAAUUUUUAAUCUCCAAUUGUUUAUAGUUAUCUCAGUUUAUGGCUAAACUUCAAUUAUGCAUAAAGUUGCUCAGCGAGGUUUUAAGUUUUCACAAUUCAAAUGCUGUUAGGUGUGCUAUCUUGUGCUAAAUAUAUAAGGGGUUGAUGCUAAUGCAUUGUUCUCUUUCCUGCUUUA